ACGACGUCGUCUUUGGUCCAGAGGAGUAAAGUGGUUUAGGUUUUGAGUACGAAAGAAGGGAGGUCGUCUGUAUGUUUUGAGUUUCGGAGCAAGAAAAUGCCGCCAUUACAGUUUCUGCAACUCCGGAGAUUGUUUCUCCGGAAACUCUCUUCAUUUUCCUCUUCAUCAUCAUCAUCUUCUUCUUCUUCUUCCAUUUUUUCUUACUCCUCCCAUUUCAGCCAUUUCCAUCCCACCACCUUCAUUCCCAGAAAUUCCACCACUGCUACUAUCACCAGCGCCAUUGCCAGCUCUCUCUUUCUCUUUCAUCCCCAUAUCUCUCUCUCUAAUCACUUCUCUUCUUCCUCCGAAUCCGGAACCCCAUCUCAACAAGGCCCAGAUCAGAUCGCCCUCUCUCUCUCAUCGGAGCUCAAAAAGGACCCAGAAUCCGACCCUCUCUCUAUUACCCAACGCCUCAACCUGAGCUUCUCACACAUAGUCCCAACUCCUUCCCUCGUCCACGCAGCUCUGUGUCUCUCCCCAGAAGCUGGCCGUAUAGUUCUAGGGUUUAACGAGUGGCUCAUCUCGAACCCUAAUUUCGACCACACCGACGAGACUCUUUCGUUCUUCGUCGAUUACUUCGGCCGCCGGAAGGAUUUCAAGGCGACCCACGAUGUGAUUGUUAGUCGGAAAGGCGUUGCUGGUCCCAUAACCCUAGCUUCUGCUAUUGAUAGGCUUGUGAGGGCCGGUAGGCCAACUCAUGCGGUGUCGUUUUUUGAGAGAAUGGAGAGGGAUUAUGGGCUCAAGCGGGAUAAAGAAUCGCUAAGGUUGGUCGUAGAGAAGCUUUGCGAAAAUGGGUAUGCUAGUUAUGCUGAGAAAAUGGUGAAGAACUUGGCCAAUGAAUUUUUCCCUGAUGAGUUUAUCUGUGAUAUGUUGAUUAAGGGUUGGUGUGUUGAUGGGAAGCUUGAGGAAGCAAGGAGAUUAGCUGGGGAGAUGUAUGGGGGAGGUUUUGAGAUUGGAACCGCGGCUUAUAAUGCAAUUCUUGAUUGUGUUUGCAAGCUUUGUAGGGAAAAAGAUCCUUUCCGGCUUCAUUCGGAGGCCGAGAAGGUGUUGAUGGAUAUGGAUCUUUAUGGGGUUCCGAGAAAUGUAGAGACUUUCAAUGUUUUGAUCACCAAUUUGUGUAAGAUCAGGAAGACUGAGGAUGCAUUGCAGUUGUUCUACAAAAUGGGUGAAUGGGGUUGUUAUCCAAAUGCAAAUACUUUUCUUGUUUUAACAAAUAGUUUGUAUCAGGCUGCUAGAGUAGGAGAGGGUGAUGAAAUGAUUGACAGGAUGAAGUCUGCUGGUUUCGGAGAUGCGAUUGACAAGAAAGCUUAUUAUGGGUUUUUGAGGAUUUUGUGUGGGAUUGAGAGAAUUGAUCAUGCUUUGAGUGUUUUUGGGAAGAUGAAGGAGGAUGGUUGCGAGCCAGGGGUGAAGACUUAUGAUUUAUUGAUGACAAAGUUGUGUGCUCAUAACCGAGUCGAUAAAACUAAUGCCCUUUUCAACGAGGCUGUAAGUAGAGGAGUGGAAGUGACUUCCAAAGCAUAUCAGGUGGAUCCAAGAUAUAUGAAGAAGCCAAUGGCUGUGAAGACGGAGAAGAAACGGGAGACAUUGCCGGAAAAAAUGGCAAGGAAGAGGAGACGCCUAAAACAAAUCCGACUGAGUUUUGUGAAGAAACCCAAGAAAAUGAUGCGUCGAACCUUCUAAAUCAUUCUCACUUGAUGGUUGAAUUAUCAAACCUAUCAAGGGGGUAUGACAAUGUUGAUUAAAGGUUUCUUGUUUGAGCUUUGAUAAUUCCAUUUUUUUUUUUUUUUCCUUCCUAAAUGUUUUAUGCAGUUUUUGAGCAGCCUUGUUUUAAUAUUGUUGUUUCCAAAAAACUUAGAAAUAAAUUUACUCUUGCAGAAAACGAAUAGCCUAGAAAUGUAAAUGUUCUCUACCUGGGGUAGAGUCGACUACUACCCUGAUUCUAAGAACAACUUAUACUGUUUUAUGCUUCACGCU